AUGUCCAAUACCGAGAAAUCAGCAGCCCCCUUCGAUGCGGAGAAGGAGCUCCCGGCGCCUCUCGCAGACGCGAUCCGAAAUGGCAGCGUCGACAAAAGUAUCCUACAACAUGCUGGAGAUGGUGAUGAGGCAUUGAAGGCUUUCAUGUCACAUCCUGGACAAGUCAUAGAACUGGACGAAGCGACGAACAAACGUCUGUUGCGGAAGAUUGACUGGAAUUUGAUGCCGGUCAUGUGUAUCGUCUACGGAUUGAACUACUUGGACAAGACGACGUUAUCGUAUGCCUCCGUGAUGGGCUUGAAAAAAGACACGCAUUUGGAAGGACUCGACUACCAAUGGCUGAGUUCCAUGUUCUAUUUCGGGUAUCUUUUUGCAGAGUAUCCAACCAACAGACUGCUACAACGACUACCAUUGGGAAAGUAUUCGGCGAUCAACAUCAUCCUGUGGGGAAUGACACUGUGCACUUUCGCAGCGGUGAAGAACUUUGGGGGAGGAGUAGCUGUACGCUUCAUGCUCGGAGUCACUGAAGCUGCGGUUACACCGGGGUUCGCUCUGUUGACUUCUCAAUGGUAUACCAAGAAAGAGCAAGGCUCCCGUACUGGCAUCUGGUUCUCUUUCAAUGGAUUCGCACAAAUCUUUGGAGGUCUGGUGGCUUACGGCAUUGCAAAAGGUACACGUCUCCACGGAUCAAGCAUUGAGCCCUGGAAAAUCAUCUUCCUGGUUACUGGAUGCUUGACCAUCUGCGUUGGAUUUAUCUUCCUUUGGGUCGUCCCUGACAGUCAACUAAAUGCACGUUUCUUGAGCAAGGAAGAUCGGGUUCUCGCCAUCGAGCGCGUCAGGUGCAACCAGCAGGGAAUCGGAAACAAGCAUUUCAAGAUGUAUCAGCUCAAGGAAGCACUGACAGAUCCCUUGACUUGGGCAUUCGUCUUCUAUGCUUUGGUAGCGGAUAUUCCGAAUGGUGGCAUUUCCAACUUUUUCUCACAACUCAUCACCUCUUUUGGCUACACCGCAGAAGAGUCUCUUCUUUACGGCACGCCUGGUGGUGCGGUCGAGGUCAUCGCUUUGAUCGUCUGCGGCUACCUCGGCGACAAGUAUGGAAACCGUCUCUUGAUCUCAACUUCAGGCCUGUGGAUCAGUACUCUAGGCAUGCUAUUGAUCGUCUGCUUGCCGCUUCACAACAACAUCGGACGCUUGUUCGGAUAUUAUUUGACCCAGGCAUCGCCGACGCCAUUCGUCGCUCUACUCAGUCUGAUUUCCAGCAAUGUAGCUGGCUACACCAAGAAGACGACCGUGGCUGCUUUGUAUCUCAUCGGAUACUGUGUGGGCAACAUCAUCGGCCCUCAGACUUUCCGCCCCAAGGAUGCUCCAAGGUAUAUCCCUGCCGAAAUUGUCAUUAUUGUCUGCUAUCUCCUCUGUAUCGUCGACAUUGUCUUCAUCUACUGGUACUGUAAGCGCCAGAACGCAAAGAGAGCCGCUGUUCGCGCAUCACCAUCAUACGUCAAGCUGGAGAACCAGGAAUGGUUGGAUCUCACGGAUCGUGAGAAUCCUGAAUUCGUCUAUACUUUGUAG